CGGGUCGGGGUCGAUUGACACCUUCCAGACUCGCUCAGUCAGAGACGGGCCAAGCUUUUGCAAGCAGCAGAUCCUGUCAUCAGAUGGUGUCAUUGAAUCAGAUGGUAUCAUUGCACCCCGUUUCACCAGAUACCAGUUUUCUUAGCCGAUGCUUUGCACGUCUGCUGACUUCGGCCUGACACUGCUGGGGUUUGGCUUCCCUCCCCCGACCGUGGACAAGGAGGGUCCGUCUCGGGUGCUGGGGCCCUGCUUCCGAGUCAGGCUGGGUAGCAACUGGCUGUGGAGUGGUUUCAUGUUUGCAAGUACCGAUUUGAUAGCUCCCUGGCUCUUUUUUCUAGCUGGAUAGUGCUUUUUAGGGUGUGAUGGGUACUUUGCCUGUGUGUGGCCGGUGUAAAUUGGUUGUGCGAUUCACCCGUGUAUGUAAUGUAUAGGAGCUGCCUGAAUGCAACCAGUGUGAGAGGUGUGACAGCUGGCCUCUGGUGCAUGGGUUUUAGGCAGACGUCGGGGUAGAUCUGCAAAAGCCAGAUACGACUGAUACAGCUGAGUGCCCCUCUCUGCUCAUAAGUCCAACAAGACUUUCACCUAGUUGGCUAAGCCAGGAUGCAAGAAGCAGCUCGCUUCAUCGGAUACAGAUUUAGUUAGCCAACAAGGUGAAAGUCUUGCUGGACUUGACUGAUACAGCUGAGUGCCCCUCUCUGCUCAUAUUUGGCUUUGGGUCUUUUUUUACCCAGAGAUAUUGGAAGCAUCUCUGAUUCUGAGCCAUAAAUGUGACCAGAGUGAUUGCAGGUCCCUGGUGUCUUGGUUUCCCAGUAGACUUGCACCUUAUAGACCAGCUUAGAGAUGGGAAAAGCCUUUUUGUAAGCAGCAGCUGGCUUCAUCAGAGACCAAUUUCAGGAGCUGAGAGGGGGCAAGCCUAGCCUGAUUCCAGAUAGAUGCAACUCAGUGCCUCUCUGUUCAUAUUGGGCAUCUGGUUGCGUUUUUACCUAUAGAUAAAAGGAGCAUCUCUGUUUUGGGGCAAUAAAUGUCACUGGUGUGACCAGUGUGAUGGCAGGCCUCUGGUGCCUUGGCUUCAGACAGAAGUUGGGGUAGAUUUAUACCUUAAAGACUAAAUCAGAGAUGCACAAGUUUUCAUAAGCAGCACCACUUCAUCAGAUACUGAUUUCCUUAGCCUGUGCGGUGCAAGUCUAGCCUGACUUCAGACUGACACAGCUAAGCGCCUCUACUCAGGUUUGACUCUGGGUCAUUUUUUUUAUCCGUAGAGAGAAGGAACAUCUCUUUCUGAGUGAUAGGGUCUUGCUGCAUGUUCAAAUUAAAGCUGGAUGGAAAACAACUAUUAAGUUGUUUCAUGUUUGCAAGUACUAACUUUAUAGCUCGUUGACUUUUUUCUAGCUGGAUAGUCCUUUGCAUGGUGCGAUAAUUACUUUGCAUGUAUGGCUGGUCUAAAUUUAUUGUGCGAUUCACUGGUUAAUUGUGUUAAUAUAUGCAAUGUGCAGCAGCCGCCUAAGUGCAACCAAUGUGACCAGUGUGAUUGCGGGCCUCUGGAACAUUGACUUCAGGGAGAAAUCAGGGCAGAUUUGCACCUUACAGACUAACUAAACCAGAAACACAUAAGCUUUCAUAAGUAGCAGUCAGCAUCAUCACAUACCACUUUUAUCAGCCAACAAGAUGCAAGUCUAGCCUGACUUCAGACUGACACAGCUAAGCACCCCUCUGCUCACAGCGGCUUCGGGUCUUUUACCCGUAGAUUAGGAGCAUCUCUGUUUCUGAGCUAUAGGGCCCUGCUACACAUUCAAAUUAAAGCUAGAUAAAAAUUAGCUAUGAAAUGGCUGCAUGUUUUUCAAGCACCAACUUCCUAGCUCCUUGGCUCUUUUUCUAGCUGGAUAGUCCUUUUUAUGGUGUGAUAAUUACUUUGCACCUGUGGCCAAUCUAAAUUUAUUGCAACUUUUUCCAGCUGAUUGUGUGAUCAUUACUUUGCACCUGUGACUGGUCUUUGCACAUGUGGCUGGUCUAAAUUAAUUGUGAGAUUCGUCAGUUAAUUGCAUAAUAUAUGUAACGUGUAGCAGCAGCUUAAAUGCAACCAGCAUGACCAGUGUGAUUGGAGGCCUCUAGCAUUGUGGCUUUAGGUGGUGUUAGGCUAGAUUUGUGCAUUGUAGACUAACUAAAUCAGAGAUGCAUACACUUGUAAGCAGCAGUUGGCUUUGUUAGAUAUGACAUGGUGCAAGUCUAGCCUUCAGACUAAUGUGGCCAAGUACCUCCCUCUGCUUAUGUUUGGCUUCAGCUUGUUCUUUUACCCAUAGAUAGAAGGAGCCAUCUACGUUUCUGAGUGAUAGUGUUUUGAAAAUAUUAAGUGCCUUCAGAUGCCAGUAUGGGAUGCCCUCGGACUGCCGCUUCUUACAUUGAGGCGGUUAGAAAGACUCUGGGCUCAAUGCUCUUUCCCCUAAAACAAGGAGGUUAGAAAGCCCUGACUUAUUCCCUGUGUAUGAGAUUGUAGCUGGUGCGGGUAGCUUUGGCGCUGCUUCUUUCGCUUUGUGGAGGAAGGAGAGAGGAUCUGUGGUUCCAGUCCCUUUCUCCGGGAGCACUGAAACGCUCUGAUUUACUUUCACCUCUCCCACCCUUGCAUCUCUCAGCUAGUAAAGGUGAAGCCUGAAACAGACCAAAUGAGUGAUGGUUUGGGGGAAAAAUUCUUUUUGCAUGUCUCAGUGAAGCACAUUUCGGAGUCCUUCAUGGCAAGAGAGAAAUGUUUUAUCAAAUGCCUUGACAUUACGCAGCUGAGGCUUGGUGGAUAUGUUGCUGGGUGUCUUUGUAUCCAGUGUGGUUCUGGUCUUGCAGCAGCGAGCACUUUUCAAGUUUUAUAUGAUCACCUCAGCUUUUCUGCUUGCUGCAACUUCAGUAUUGGUGAAUUAUCAUGCUUCUUUGCACAUAAACUUCUACAGUGCCUACUAUACAGCAGCUUCUGGAAUUCACUUCUUUCCUCAUAAGGGACCCUCGCUAUGGAUGGCACUUUCUGUCCUUCAGCUUACCUUUGGAAUUGGAUAUGUUACAUUGUUAAACGUGCAGUCCAUAUAUUCUCAACUAAUCAUACUGGAUAUAUUGAUCCCUAUAAUAGGAUUGAUUAUUGAAUUACCUUUUCAUGUCAGACAAAUUUUAGUUUUCACUUCAGGCCUGAUUCUGACAUUAUAUACCACAGUCAUUUUAGCUAUGAAAAUUAAAUGGUUCUAUUAUUCUGCGCGAUAUGUUUAUCUCCUUGUAAGGCACAUGUAUCGCAUUUAUGGAUUACAGCUAUUGAUGGAAGACACAUGGAAAAGGAUCCGUUUUCCAGCAGUAUUGCGUGUCUUCUGGCUAACAAGACUCACAGCACAAGCUGUCAUAUUAGCGUAUGUUGUCAGGAUGGCAGAAACUGAUACAGAAGAGAAAUUCUACCUAAUAUCUUGGGAAAAUUGUUGGGAAUUAAUUUGCAGUCUUAUUAUAAGUGGGUGUGAUUCUACUUUAACUGUCUUAGGCAUGAGUGCUGUAAUUUCUUCAAUCGCCCAUUAUUUGGGACUUGGUAUUUUGGCUUUCAUUGGAUCAACUGAUGAAGAUGACAAGAAGCUUGGUUUUGUAGCACCAGUUUUGUUUUUUAUUUUGGCUCUGCAGACUGGUUUAAGCGGGCUAAAGCCAGAAGAGAGACUAGUUCGCCUAAGUCGAAACAUGUGCCUUUUGUUAACUGCAGUCCUGCAUUUUAUCCAUGGAAUGACAGACCCCGUGUUAAUGUCUCUCAGUGCCUCCCACGUGUCGUCAUUUCGCAGACACUUCCCAGUACUGUUUGUUUCAGCUUGCCUUUUUAUCCUUCCAGUUCUACUCAGUUAUGUCCUUUGGCACCACUAUGCACUAAAUACAUGGCUUUUUGCAGUUACAGCAUUUUGUGUGGAACUCUGCUUAAAAGUAAUUGUUUCUAUCACUGUUUAUGUUCUGUUCAUGAUUGAUGGCUAUUAUAAUGUGCUGUGGGAAAAGCUUGAUGAUUAUGUCUACUAUGUCCGUUCAACGGGCAGUAUUAUUGAGUUUAUAUUUGGAGUGAUCAUGUUUGGAAAUGGAGCUUAUACCAUGGUAUUUGAAUCGGGAAGUAAGAUUCGGGCUUGUAUGAUGUGUUUACAUGCAUAUUUCAACAUAUAUUUGCAAGCAAAGAAUGGCUGGAAGACUUUCAUAAAUCGUAGGACUGCUGUUAAAAAAAUUAACUCCCUUCCUGAAGUAAAAGGAAGUCGAUUACAUGAAAUUGAUGAUGUAUGUGCAAUCUGCUACCAUGAGUUUACUACAUCUGCUCGUAUUACUCCCUGCAAUCAUUAUUUUCAUGCACUCUGUCUUCGGAAAUGGCUGUAUAUUCAAGACACUUGCCCAAUGUGCCAUCAAAAAGUAUAUAUUGAAGACAAAGAAAAUGCAAAUAUCUCUAAUAACAAUGGGUUUGUUGCACCUAAUGAAAAUCCCAUACAAGUUGCUGAAGAAGCUGCUGAUGCUGAAAAUGAACUAAAUGAAGACAAUGACAGUACUGGAAGUGAGGGUGAGGAGGAGGAGGAGGAGGAGGAAGAGGAGGAGGAAGACAAUGAAUGCUUGACACAACACCUGAAUGAAACUCUAAAUGUUGACUCUGAUUCACUCGGUGAUUAAAAUGUCACUUAAAAAUCCAGUGUCAGGCAGUUUGUUUAAAAUUCAGUUCAACGGAAUACAAUUAUCAUUUAUCCUUGUAUGCUUAAGCACAACAACAGUAUCUCAAAAUAUUGAGUCUGUGAAUGGUGGUUGUUUACUGUGGUGUGCUACUGUAAAUAUACCUCUAAUUACUGCUGGUCUCUUUCGUGACCACCUUAAACUUGUGUACAUUAUUGUACAUGGAAUAAAAUGUUUUCACAUGUUUUUAAAACAAA